UCAAAUGCAAUGUGUAUAAAUAACUAUUUUCAUAUUUUAAAUCUCCACUUUUGAAAUACCAAUUUAUUGGCUAUUAGUUUCUCAGUGUGAUCAUUCAGGUGCAAAUUAUUGAAGCAGCGCACAGACACGCGGUAACAGUUACUUUUCUCCGCGAUGGACAGGAUGGACCAAUCACAGUCGAAUGUGUUUACUGGAAUGGCGUUUCUAAAAUAAUUUUAUAGAACUUACUGUGGCUGAUUUUUCUGUUUUUUUUUUGUCAGAUAACAAUCAUUGAUGUGAGCUUGUUUAAACUUUUAUACUUAAUAGUGUACAUGUAUCGUUAAUAACUAUAAAAAAUGUUCACGGGUUUGAAUGUGACUCAAUAGGGGAUUGUGCUUUUUGAGCCACCAAACCCCUCAGAGGUGCUUAGUAACAUUUGCCUUCGUGUGGCUCACCCUUCAUAACAGAAACUGAGUGGAUGAAACAAGUACAGAUUUCAUCUUCUGCUCCACUUCUACACAGUCUGUGUGACGGAACAUACGCAGCUGUGCAGCGAGACAUUUAACCCUCGAUGAUUGUGCGGCAUUUGGCUUGUAGGGGUUUGACCUCUCACCUGUGUGCAGCAGGCAGACUGAACUGGAACUCUCCAGAGAUGGCCAGACCAAGCUCAAAUUUAACAAAAUUUCGUAAGGAGUUUGCUAAAGCAAAGCACAUUGCUAUCAUUACGGGGGCUGGAGUGAGUGCAGAGAGUGGCGUACCAACCUUUAGAGGACAGGGGGGCUACUGGAGGAAAUGGCAAGCACAGGAUUUGGCAACCCCUGAAGCUUUCUCUCGAGAUCCUUCUUUAGUAUGGGAAUUUUACCAUUACAGGCGUGAGGUAAUGCGCAGUAAGAUGCCAAACCCAGCACAUCUGGCUAUAGCGGAGUGUGAGUCCCGUCUCAGCCAGCAGGGGCGCUCUGUUGUGAUCAUCACUCAGAACAUCGAUGAACUGCACCAUCGUGCUGGUUCCAAACACGUCUAUGAGAUCCACGGAAGUCUAUUUAAAACUCGCUGCAUGAGCUGUGGAGAAGUCACAGCCAACCAUAAGAGUCCAAUCUGCCCUGCUCUGGAGGGGAAAGGAGAGCCUGACCCCAAAGCCAAGGAUGCCCGAAUACCAGUAGAGCAUCUGCCCAGGUGUGAAAGGAGGGGCUGUAACGGAUUGUUGAGGCCUCAUGUGGUUUGGUUCGGAGAGACUUUAGAUUCAGAUAUUCUCACUGCUGUGGAGCAGGAGCUGGAAAAGUGUGAUCUCUGCUUAGUGGUGGGCACCUCCUCCGUAGUUUACCCAGCGGCCAUGUUCGCUCCUCAGGUGGCGGGUAGAGGAGUGCCUGUAGCUGAAUUCAACAUGGAGUGCACACCUGCUACUGAGCGCUUUAAAUAUCACUUUGAGGGUCCUUGUGGCACCACACUGCCUCCCGCCCUGGAACGGCACGAGAGCGAGGCCAUUUAAGGAGAAAGGCAUGACAUAUCUGUUCAUGCCCACUGCAUUUGGCACUUUAGCUGAGAGCACAUGAACAGGCGCAGGGAUUGGUUCAUGCCUUCAUGUGAUUGGUUUUCCUAUGACCUCUGUGUUGUGCUCAUCUCUGAAGAUUUACAGCAAAAUUUGGCUGAAAUUAAAUUUUAAAUAAUGUCCUUGCUUGGCCUGUGGCAGCAUUUUCAUGAAAGUUGUAUUUUUGGCAAAGGUUCUUAGUAGAUUUCUUCCAGUUGAUUAACUUCUGGAUAGAUCGUUUAUGGUGUUCCCACAGUCAUGGAAAACCUGGAAAAAACAGAUAAUUUGAUAAUUGUAAUUGCCAGGAAAAGUCAUGGAAAUUGAUAGUCUUGAAAACUUAUGGAAAGUUCUAUCAUAAGUAAAUCCGCUGUGUCAUGAUCCGCUGUAAAAUAUUUAAUUAUCUAGAAAUAACUGGUUGGAAAAAUCAUGGAAAUUCAUUGCUCAAAUGUUGUGGGAACCCUGAAAGUAGGACUAGAGACUAGUGAAAUGCAUUUAUUUUAAAUGAAAUGACCAUAAAAUAAAGUGUUCAAGGGCACAUGAGCCUGAUGAUUGAU